GUGUCCCUGAUCGCUGCAGUGGCCAAGCAGUGUCCCUCAUCACCAUUCAAGUGGCCCGGCAGUGUCCCUGAUCGCCACAGUGUCCCUGAUCGCCGCACAAGUGGUCCAGCAGUGUCCCUGAUUACCGAAGUGUCAAUGAUUGCCACACAAGUGGCCCAGCAAUGUCCCUGAUUGACGCAGUGGCCAAGCAGUGUCCCUGAUCGCCACACAAGUGGUCCAGCAGUGUCCCUGAUUGACGCAGUGGCCAAGCAGUGUCCCUGAUCGCCACACAAGUGGUCCAGCAGUGUCCCUGAUCACCACAGUCCCAGCAGUGUCCCUGAUCACCACACAAGUGGCCCAGCAGUGGCCCUGAUCACUGCAGUGGCCCAGCAGUGUUCCUGAUCACCACACAAGUGGCCCA